AUGGGCGUUGAAAAGCAGACUCUGGUCCCCGGAAACGGUGUUGACUUCCCCAAGAAGGGUGACAACGUCGCUCUCCACUACACCGGCUGCUUGUACGAUGCCUCCAAGGCCGACAACUACUUCAUGGGCAACAAGUUCGACAGCUCCCACAACCCCGGCCGCGGUCCCCUCGCCACUCCCAUCGGUGUCGGCCGUCUGAUCCCCGGUUGGGACCAGGGUGUUCCUCAGAUGAGCCUCGGCGAGAAGGCCAUCCUCACCAUCAGCCCUGACUUCGGUUACGGUUCCCAGGGCUUCCCCGGCCUGAUCCCCGCUAACUCCCAGCUGGUCUUCGAGGUCGAGCUCCUCAAGAUCAACAACAAGUCUGUCUAG